CAAUCGUACAACUAUGGCGGCAGGUUCGCGGAAAAAGUGUUCGCUCUACUAAUUCACAGAAAACCAGGCAUUAGCAAUUAUCUUAUCUUAUUCGUGGAAUUUUUAGAUGAAGGACAAGAGUACGAAAACGGCUAACUUAUUUUGUGGUUGUUCAUGGGAGGCUGGAUCUCCGUUGUCUGUAUAACCAUGUGGAAAUCAAUCCUAACUGGCCCUGUUCGAUGGCUGAAGAAGAAAACCUUUCGCAGCAAUGGAGAUGACUCGCCUCCGCCGCAUAAAGACCAGCACAGCAAAUCAGUCGCUAGAGCGAAGGCCAACCCAUUUGUGAGGAAAAGAAGAAGUUCAAUGUGCUAUGAUGAAGAUGGCCAUAUUGCUCAUGAAUUCUAUGUUGAGGAGUCAGAUAAGCACAAUGGAAGGAAGAAAGUUGGAAUAAAACGCAUCCUUACUAAUAUCAAGCCUUUGGGGGAGAUUACCUUGGAUCCACCAAGACUGCACGUUGAUAUGCCAUAUGUGUUGUGCAAAGUUACAUGAUAGCGGCUGAUGUUGAUAGGACUCCCAUGAAGUGACUUAACCUCAUCUUCAGAUCAAAGACUUGGAAGAUGGAUAAUGUAUUUAAGUGGACAGGAAACUGUUGUUAAUAGUUACUUAAAUAUACUACAAAAAAACACAAGAAGUCCGUACUAAAGACUGAAAAUAAUGAUUAGCCUUAAAUAUCCAGCCAGAACUUACUGUACAGUACAAGGGUUGGGUUUAGUAAAAUAUUGCUUCUCAGUCUAUGGAUUGGUCUUGCCACAUAGUACACUCAAUACCUACUGAGGUAACCUAUCACUGUAGCACAUUUAUGUAUAUUUUGUAUGUAUUAAGAUGUGUUCACUGGACUUUCCAUUGAUUACAUAGAUUUUCAUUUGGUCUUAAUGAAAAACAUUACCACAAGAAAUAUGUUGUAAUUGAGUUUGGCAUUUUCCUCCUGUAUUUAUGUAGCAUUGCGUCAUCCAAAAUUUCUGGUUUUCUAGGUCAACUUAACCCUAUAAUUCAGUAGUGGCAUUGUGAUAUAAAGUUGUGUAUCAGCAACGAGUCAAAUAUAAGUAUGACGAUCACAAGACUUAACUACAACUUGCAUGGUCAGGAAUACGUCCCCUCAUUGAUUCUGCAUCCAAUGCCGAACCAAUUGAUGUUUAAAAAGUCAAUAUGUUUUUAUCGUUUCUAGUAUAUUCUCUAAGUUUUGUCCACACUUUCAAAUUCCAUGUGACAAAUUUGUGUGAUGUGCCCAUAUAUGGGCAUGAUGAUGUAAUAUUACACCCAAAUAUGGGCAUAUCACAUUUAUUUGAUAGUGUGUGACAGAGCUUUACCAAUGUGACCCAGCAACAAAAAUUGUGUUUACAAUGCAAAUUAGAUUCAUAAAAUAGAUUGAUUGAAUUAAUCACAUAACCUCUAUGUUACAUCCUUGUGUGCAAUACCUCCCUCAAUCAUGUUUGUUAAAGCUGUAAAUUAAAAUUACUGGGUUUCUCAGUUAUAUUGUGUUUUAGUAAAUAGUGUUCCAGAAAGAAAAACCUUUAAAAUAUAUAGUGUAAAGGGAAAACGGGUAAUCGGCAUUUGGUACAACUCUUAUUUUAUUUGACAAAAAUACUGUUAAAUACCCAUAUAUAGGCAUGAAAUGCCUAUAUAUGGACAUGAUGUGAUGUCAUCAUGACCAUGUUUAGGCAUGACACAUGUCAAAGGCUUAACAUGUGUUUAGCUUCCUAUAUAAUUUAUUCUUACUUUUAUUUGAAUGGUUAAAUGAAUUGGCACAGAGUUGAAAGAACUUUCUAUGCAUAUAUAUGAUAUGAAUAUGAUAUUCACAAGUAUUAUGCAGGUUACAUCAUUCAAUUUCGCAUUUUUGAGCUGAUCCCCAUUUAUAUCUGUCACAGCAUGUAUUUAUGAGAAUUCUUCCAAUUAUUGUUGAAUAAAAUGGGUAUACAGUUUACUAUCAAACAUAUUAACCAACAUAAGGUUCAGAUCAAGUAAAUAACAGUAUAGUACUUGUAAUAUAGCUUGAUUUUUUUUAAAAUUUAUUUAGCAUUGCAUAAAAUACCAACAAAUGUUUUUAAAAAAUCCAACAUUGAGGUCCUUGGCAAGAUGUGUGUGUUUAUUAUUUUCAGAAAGGUUGCAAAACCUCUCAAAUGAAAAGGUUUAGACUCCAGACAUAGAGGGUGCUAGACUGAAUAAAAAAUUGUAGUGAACACUGGAAUACAGUAUUGGUUGCCAAUUCUGUUGAAUUUCAAAGUUUCUUGGUGGUUGUUACUUUUUUACAUAAUAUAGCUAUCAACAAAAUUACUUUUAAUUAAUCCCCACUUGUAAUAAAAUAUUAAUGUUAUUGCUUUCUGCAUGCUAAAAUAAAUUGAGCUUGGAAAUAUAUUUCUUUAAAAAAAUAUUGGAUCUUGGUAAAAGGAAUAGGAGUUACCUAAUUCACGGCUUAUUGUACACAAUUUUAUCAAAAUAUGUGUUAUAUAUGUAUAUUAAAACAGUUAACUAUUACAUUAUUGUAAAUAGUUUGCUACUUAAACAAUGUAUUUAUAUUUAUCUGUAAUAUAAUUAUAGUAUAUUUACUAUGCUUUGCUAUAAUAUAGGUAGUUGUACUAUUUUGAGUAACAACUAUCUGUAUACAGCAAUGCUUAAAUAUACUAUAUACUGUACAUGUUCUACAGUAUAGUGAUUAGUAUUCUGCACUUUAUCAGCUAGAGCCGGUCUCUCACAAGCUGCGCUAUGACACGCUGGGUCUAAUAACCUUGUGCGCUGGAUAUUGAGCAAGGAAUGAUGGGUGUUAUGUAUACAACACAACACAGAUAGUCAUAUAGAAGCGUAGGAUAUUGUAUGUUCGAAAAAGUGUUGUCAUAAGUGUAGUAGCACAUCUUAUCGUAAGGAAACUUGCAAUGUGUGAGAACGGCUUAAUACAGAAGCACCUAAUAUUCAAUAUAACUUUGAUGUUAUUGUGUUGGUACCCCUUGCAUAGUGAUAUGCAAUAAUGUGUAGUAACAUAGGCCUAAUUGUAUUUCAUUGAAAUGAUUUAGUCAUUGUUAAUGAGUGGAGUCAAAUAGCUUAGUGGUUAAGGUGCUUGCCUUCUAAUGCCAGGGUCCUGGGUUCAAUUCCUGUGACAGUAGGACUUUUUCUCACGACUAAAACAACCCCACUCCCUAAGCCUCAUAAAGAGACUUCGCUAAUAAAAGCAUCACAUAAUUUAAGUUAUUUAAGAGGGCCCCUGAAUAUCAACCGACCUUCUAGGAUACGCUGGGAAAGGUCACCCCCUAUAAAUAUGGUAAAAAAAAUUGUAGAAUUUGUGAAGCUCUAUAAAAAUGGUUCUGAAAUUACUCAGCUUUAUAUUAAUUUGUACUAUUUUCAUUUUUAUAAUAUUUGGAAG